AUGGCUUUCCCGGCUGACAUCUACGCAGCCGGCCAGAUACUUCUAGUGAUCAUCUAUCAGUCGACCCACACGACGCCAUCCCAGCUAGCCAUUAGAGCGGCAAGGGAGAUGGAGCUUGAAGAGGUAGAAGCGGCGAAUCACAACAUCCAGCGAGACCUGACACUACUGGCAAACCGCUGCCUGCAUACCAAUCCCGUUUCGCGUCCCACGGCAAAGCAGCUUCUGACCGCUAUGGGACGGCUGCAUGUUCCCGGGCAGCCGGCAUCCCGAAACGUCGUAGAAAGCAUCAUACGGCGCUUUGAGGCAUACACGGUGACCUUAGAUGAAGCGGUGCGAGUGAAGACAGAGGAGCUACUGAGCGAGCGAAAGAAGUGUGAUGAUCUGCUUUGCGAACUGCUUCCCCGAGGCGUCGUGGACCAGCUACGUAACCACGAAGCAAUGGUAGCGGAGUUCUACAAUUCCGUCAGUGUCUUUUUCUCCGACCUGGAUAACUUCGUCGACUGGAUGAGCAGCGUCCCACCCGUGGUGGUCAUCGGCACCGUUACGGCGCUGUUUAGUGCUUUCGACGGAGCCAUCCAGGAAAUGGACGUCUACAAAGUGGAGACCGUGCGAGAUAGCUACAUGGCCGUCAGCGGUAUUCCGGUACGAGGCGACAACCAGCACGUGCUGGAAAUUUGCCGUAUGGCCGUCAAACUGCUGCGAGUGUUUGCCGGUACCGAAGCCAGAAGAAAUUCGAAGAGUCAAGAGACGCCGGUAACAGUAGGCACUGGGCAUCCGCAGACCGGUCAUCACUCGUUGCUAGGAUUGCGCUGCGGUAUCCACUCAGGUCCCUGUGCCGCCGGAGUCAUUGGCAUGCGCGUUCCCCGUUAUUGUCUGUUCGGCGACACGGUGAACGUGGCUGCCCGCAUGAACACUAACGGUCAGGGCGGUCGCAUCCACCUCAGCCAGGCCAGCCACGAUCUCCUGGCUGCUGAUGCCGGUAGUCACCGCUUCCGUCUGCAAGAGCGCGGGCUACUUUUCGUUAAGGGCAAAGGAGACAUGCUUACGUACUGGCUCGAUCACUGACGCGCGCGCAUCGCCCACGGCUUACGAGCCAAACUGAACAGUGGAAGAAUGAAGAUACGAUAGUCAUGCACUUGCAGUGACCUUUCCAGCAUUGCGGCUCAAGUGUUAAUUGACUCUGCAUCUGAUUCCAUUAUU